CGAAGCGCGGCGGCCGCGGCGCUAGUUAUCGACGGUGUAAAUAUAACCUAAAAGUCUCGGUUUGGCUACGGCGUCCACGCAAUGGGUGUGCUCGCAUAAUUCGCGGUGUUUUACGGUGAAUAAUUACUUUAAUUGUACAAAGAGAACGAAAGCAUGUCGGAAAAGACGAAAAGUAUGAGCCACGUAAAACAUAUUCCCAAAGAUGCGCAAGUCAUCAUGUCAAUCAUGAAGGACAUGGGUAUAACGGAUUACGAACCCAAGGUGAUCAAUCAACUGUUGGAGUUCACGUAUCGAUACGUCACGUGCAUAUUGGACGACAGCAAGGUGUACGCCAACCAUGCUAAAAAGAAGUUCAUCGAUCUGGACGACGUCAGGCUGGCAGUCAAGAUGCAGCUGGAGCGCUCGUUCACGAAUCCACCGCCCAGAGACGUCCUGUUGGACGUGGCACGAACCAAGAACAACAUUCCGUUGCCUUUUGUCAAGCCCAACAAUGGCCUCAGACUACCACCGGAUAGAUAUUGCUUGAACGCAACAAAUUACAAACUUAAAAACGUCACGAAGAAGGUGGUUCAAAAACCUGUGCAUUCGUUGGUAGGCAAUAAUCAAUCCGGUGGACAGCCGAGACCGAAAGUGGAGGGAAAUAAGGCCGGUGUGUCGAUUGUUAAAAGGCCUGGUACACUUGCCACUGUGGCCAGGACUCAAACCAUCUCUAUACCGAAACCCGUUUUGAAGUUCUCCACAGCAACGACAAGCACUACAGCGGUGAAGACGCAAGCAACAAAGCCGAAGAUACAAAUUACUUCCAAUCAGACGUUACCAGCCGUAAAGAUGGAGACCGACGAGUCAUUGAAGAGAAAGCGAGAGGAAGAUGACUACGAUGUGUCGUAACCUAGACUUAAAUGUUUGUUUUUCGUUUAAUUCUUAAUAUUCUUGAACUUCUGUAAUAAUAAUAAUAAUAUGUUCUUUGUUAAAAUAAUACGAAGAGAAUAUACAAAGCCUAAACAAUAAAAUACGAGAUUGUAUAAGACGCA